AUGUCAUUGCCUAAUGAUUCAUUCAAUUUAAGUCAAUAUUUAAAAUAUUCAGAUCAAUUUAGUGAUUAUACAACAAUUUCAGCCGUACCUAAUUUAAAUAAUUCUUCGGCGUCAUUACAAUCAAUUUUAAUACCACAAGAACCUAGAACAAAAACUUAUAUUGAUCCUUUACAAUCAUAUAACACAAAUUUAUCACAACCAGAAGUUAUUGAAUGGACAUCAGAUUUAUCAAAUUUUUUAAAUCCAACAAUUAUCAAUAAUGAUCAAAAACCAGAAAUUCAAAACGAUGUCAGAAAUUUUACUAAUUUACCUAGUUCGCCAAUUAGUUAUGAAACAAAAUAUAAUUCAGAAGAAGAAGAAGAUGAAACUAAUGUGACAAUAAUUUUAAAUUCAAGUAGCGAUGAUUAUCCAAAUUUUAGAUACAAUGAAUUAUUACAAAAUUAUUUUCAAGAUGAAACAAAAGAUGAAAAUGAAGAAAAGGUAGUAGAGCAAGAAAGUUCAAGUUCUCUGAUGUUAUUAACCAAACCUGAUAAAAGUAAACGAUCAUUUUUAGUUAUUUUAAAAUUCAAAACUAAAGUUGAUGAAUUUAAAAAACUUUCCAGUGUUCUUGAUAUUACGAGACGCCGUCCUUAUAGGUCAAAAAAUAAUGUUGUAUAUAGACCAAAUGUUGAUAUUUAUGAUAUUGGUCCCAAAAUUUUACCUGCUCCAUUUACUAACGAAUUUGAAAAAUUGAAAAAUACGAAAUUUAAACCACUUAAAGAUUUACAACAGUUGCCAAGAUUUAAAUUACCACUAGGUAUUAAAAGUAAUUAUAAAAAUGAAAAUAAACAAAUUUUAAGACAAAUUCAGAAAAAUAAAUCAAAGAAAUCAAACAAGUUGUCAAAAAUUUCAAAAACUCGAUUUCUUAGUGAAUUGGAUUCAGAAAGUAAAAAAGAUAGAUAUUAUUCAAGAUUGAAUAUUUACGAAUUAUCAGAAAUUUUGGAAUUAAACAUGUAUGAUAUCUCAUUGACUAAAUUUAUUGAACUGAAUAUAUUGGAAAUUUUUGGGAAUUAUUGUAAUUUUAAUCUCGGGUACCAGACUUGGAUUAGAGAUACUGAUAAGGGUCAAAGGAGAGAUUUGAUCAAUAAGCUAUUUACCUAUAGUGAAUAUUUUUAUCCUGAAUUGGAUAAAUUUAAAUUGGAAGUGAUAAUUAGAAGAGGGAGUUAUUCAAUAAUGCAAACAAGGUUAAGAAGAGAAAGAAGAUUAAAAAGUAAAGAAAAUAAAUAG